CACUCCCUUUGCUCUUACUGGAACUGCUGAGAGACUGAGCAAAGGACAAGUCAGCUUGCUAACAAGAAAUGCACAUGUCUGUAGUAGAGACAGAAUGAAAGGCGUCUGGAGGUAUAUAAAACCAUUUGCAUUGUUCACUCUUUGGCUGGGAAUAGUUACAAUGAUAGGAUUUGUUCAGCAAAAGACUGCCACAAAGCCAUGGACUAUUGUCAAAACCUGUCAACCUACCACUCAUGUCAUGUUCCUCAAAACACACAAAACUGCCAGCAGCACUAUCCUCAACAUCCUCUUCCGCUUCUCAGAGAAACACAACCUCACUGUGGCUCUUCCACGUCACAAUGAUGUUCACCUGGGCUACCCCUACUCUUUCAGGGCAUCAUAUGUUGAGGAGUUCAAGACUAUUGGCCCAAACUUCAGCAUCAUGUGCAAUCAUCUGAGAUUUAAAGCACUUGAGGUAAAAAGAGUAAUGCCAAGAGAUACCUUCUAUUUUUCUAUUCUGAGGCACCCAGCUUCAUUGUUAGAAUCUUCCUAUGUUUACUACAAAUCGGUUACACCAGCAUUUAGAAAGUCCAAGAAUGUGAAUGAAUUUCUUUCAUCUCCGUGGAAUUACUAUAAUCUAAGUGAGCGACGCUGGAACAUAUAUGCCAAGAAUAACAUGUGGUUUGACUUUGGCUAUGACAACAAUGCAGUAUAUGAAGAGCACUAUGUCCAGUCUGUGAUACAAGACGUUGAACAGAACUUCAAUUUGAUUUUGAUUGCUGAUUACUUUGAUGAGUCCAUGAUCCUUCUAAAGGAUAUUUUAUGCUGGGAUCUGGAUGAUGUGGUUUAUUUCAAGAUGAAUGCCAGGAGUCUAGACACUGUACAGACAAUGAACCCAGAAAGCAAGGAAAAAGUGAAAGAGUGGUGUGCUUUAGAUUGGAUGCUUUAUGUGCACUUCAACAACACUUUCUGGAAUAAGAUUCAGGAGAGGAUGGAUCUCAAGACUUUGUACAAAGAAGUUGAGUUUCUUCGGAAGAGACAGAAGGAACUGAUGGAGACAUGCCUCUUAAAGGAAACUGAUGGGACAAAAAUUAAAGACAAACAUAUGAAGCCUUUCCAGUCAGGGUCUGUUAAAAUCAUGGGUUACAUGCUUAAAGAGGGUUUAGACAAUGAGACACUGAACACCUGUGACAAGAUGGCUAUACCUGAACUCCAGUAUACAGCAUACAUGUACAGUUGGCAAUUCCCAAACAAGAAGAAAAAAUCCAUACCUAUUAGAUAAGGUCUUCUAAUAAUAUGGAUCUGCCCUUCUACCAAAAAUCUAUCAAUUUGAGGGUUUGUGUUUAUGCCAUGCAAGGUUUUGUUUGCAGUUUAGCCAGACUGUUAUUUCAUUUUACCCAGACUGUUCUUAUCAAUUAUAGGCCC